AUGAGAGGAUUUGUGGCAUCUGGAUCAGCCUGUGUUGGUAAGUGUACUUGUAUGAGAGGAUUUGUGGCAUCUGGAUCAGUUUGUGUUGGUAAGUGUACUUGUAUGAAAGGAUUUGUGGCAUCUGGAUCAGAUUGUGUUGGUAAGUGCACCUGUAUGAGAGGAUUUGUGGCAUCUGGAUCAGCCUGUGUUGACGACAACGAAUGCAGCGACGCCAUCACGCCUCCCCUAUGUGACCAGGUCUGCACAAACACUGUGGGCAGUUACAUGUGCUCCUGCAAUCCUGGCUUUGUUCUGGGGACCGAUGGACGCUGCCAUGAUGUAGAUGAAUGUGAAGACGGGAGCCACAGCUGUGAGCAGGGCUGUACCAACACAGUGGGCUCUUACAAGUGCACCUGUAAUAGCGGCUUUGCUCUACGGGAUGACAAACUAACCUGCAGAGAUUUUGAUGAAUGUGGUGACAGCAAUGACUGCGCCCAGGUGUGUGAAAAUGUCCGUGGCAGCUUCAAGUGCAGCUGUUUUGAGGGAUACGUGUUGGCCAGGGACAACAAAACAUGCCAAGACGUUGAUGAGUGUCAAGGAGACGUGUGUCCCCUGCACAGCACUUGUGAAAACACCGAGGGCUCCUUUAACUGCAGGUGCGACAGAGGAUACCAGAAACAAGAUGAUGGACAGUGUGUGGAUGUAGAUGAGUGUGCCGAUGGUCCAUGUGCUCCUGUCAUUGGCACGUGCAAAAACACAGCUGGUAGCUACAUGUGCGGCUGUGUAACAGGAUACACUCUACUUGCUAACAAAGUGUCUUGUGAAGAUAUUGAUGAGUGUGCGGAGCAGAUAGAUAGCUGUGGGCCGCAUGCCACGUGUAUGAACACGCCUGGCUCGUACACAUGUACAUGCAAGAAGGGGUUCCAAGCUUCGGGACCUAACAGUCCAUGUAACAAUGUCAAUGAGUGUGAAAGGCCGGGUAUUUGUGACCAGAUUUGCACAGACACAUUUGGCAGCUACCAGUGCUCUUGUCGCCCUGGAUUCACAUUGGAUGGCGAGGACGGACGGUGCAGAGACAUAGAUGAAUGCCUUGAGAUGAAGCCGUGUAGCCACAGCUGUAUGAAUACUCCUGGAGGUUAUCAGUGCCAGUGUCCUACAGGGUUAACCCUUCAAGAUGACAAUCACACAUGUAUAGAUAUAAAUGAGUGCAUCCAGCCAGGCCACGGCUGUCAACAAACAUGCGUUAACACGCAAGGAACAUAUAACUGUGCUUGCCGGACUGGGUACACACUGAACCCCGACUUUAGAAUGUGUGAUGAUAUCAAUGAGUGUAGUGUAAACAAUGGCGGCUGCCCACAGAUCUGUGAGAACAAUGCAGGAAGUUAUGACUGUAAAUGUCAAGAUGGCUUCAUAAAGCAGGGCACAGAUUGUAUUGAUGUGAAUGAAUGCAACCAAAACAACGGCAAAUGCACACACCUGUGCCAGAACACGGCAGGCAGCUACCAGUGCGCAUGCAGGCCGGGAUAUGAGCUGAACCCAGAUAAACAUUCAUGUGAUGAUGUUGACGAAUGUGCCACAGGAGUUCAUUCAUGCCAGGCUGGAUUUAAUUGCUCAAAUCUUGUUGGAACCUAUGUUUGCAAGUUCCAGUGCCCAUCAUCUUUUGUGAUAAGAGAAAAGUCUUGCUAUUACUUCUUUGCACCUGCGAGUGCACAGCAGGCAGUGAAUUUCACCGUUGCUCUCAGCAAGUGUCAGGAGCUGUCACCACUGGCGCACAGGGCCAUCAUUGACUCACCAGAGGAGAGUGCGCUGGUGCACUCCCUGAGGGACAUUAGAACACCCUUCCUGGGCCAGUGGCAGGGGCUGUGGCUGGACGCCAGGUCUGAUUCCAGCGGGACCUUCACCUGGGAGACCACGCGUGCCACUGUGGGCGUCAACGACACCGGCACGGAAAUUAUCAACUCCGUCACACCCCCCACGGACAAGACUACGCUGUGCCUAUGGGCGCUGACCUUCCUGGAUGAACUGUUAUUACAGGAGUACUCCUGUGAAACCAAGUCAGGAUAUCUGUGUGAGAUUGACAAACCAGAAGACUAUACACCCACUAUAUAA